UUGCGUUUUUAUCAACUUUCAUUCCAGUUUCAUUCGAUCAACAAACAUCAUUAAUUUGUUUUGUCGAUUUUUUAAAGAAAUAAAAAAAGCAUCUGUUUUUCUAGAUUCACUCAUCUAUAAUCAAAAACUACGUUUAGAAAAUUAAGAAAGUAAACAGAUACAAGAAACAACACAACCUGUCUCCUACGCUUUAGAAAUUCAUUAUUUUAGGCUAAACCUUAACAUUUUCCAAAACACAGAAACAUGACUGAUCAAGAAUGUGACCAAAUGGAACAGAUGCAGGAAGAACUUUCCCCCCAAGAGUUAGAAAAGCAGGAAGAGGCCAAGUUGAAGGCGAAGUACGCUCUCCCUGGGGCCCCUGGCGCCCCCCCGGGCCGCCUGGCUGGAGGACACUCGGCUUUCUUGCAGAAAAGGUUGGCGAAAGGCCAGAAGUUCUUCGAUUCCGGGGACUACCAAAUGGCCAAACAGAAAAUGGGAGGAAUCAACAAACCGGCAGCUAAAUUACCCGGUCCUACACCUUUUACUGCAACAGGGGAGGCUAUUCCUACCCCAGAGACCAUCCCGGUGAGAAAGACGUCCAUAGUCCAACCUUCGAAGCUAACCUCCACUAGUUAGAGCACUGUCGAUCGUGUCGGUGUGGUUGUUUUAAAGGAUUGUAAGUGGUUGGUUAUUUUUUCAUGGAAUUGUUAAAUUUGCUGUACUAAGUUUAGUUUAAGGUUUUCUAAUGUUAUUGAUAUGUCAAUAAAUUAUUUAAAACAAA